AGAAGUACCAAUCGGUGCGUUUUGUAGAGAAAACCAGCUGCUGGGAAUCAAGAAAGCCAGAUGCUAGAAAGUAAUAAAUAAGUUUAUCAAAACAAGGAAACAUAAAUAAGCCAAUGCUGUUUGUUGUUGGUUUUGAAAACCAGCGGUAUCACUUUAUGGUUUUGCCCCCCGGAGUUGGAACCUUAUUGGAAGGCAAAUAUGGGGAUCCUGUGUGUUCUAAACGCUAUAUAUACCCUCAUAGAGCAUACCCAUAUCUCCACAACGAUUCAAAGCAAUCUGUGAUCAAACAUCAAAGUCAAGAACGAGUUAAGAAAAGUAAAAAAACAUGUCUUCAACCACUGCUGGUCAAGUCAUACGUUGCAAAGCUGCUGUGGCAUGGGAAGCUGGAAAGCCACUAGUGAUAGAAGAAGUGGAAGUGGCACCACCACAGGCCAUGGAGGUUCGUCUCAAGAUCCUCUUCACCUCCCUCUGCCACACAGAUGUUUACUUCUGGGAAGCCAAGGGACAGACCCCAUUGUUUCCUCGCAUAUUUGGUCAUGAAGCUGGCGGGAUUGUUGAGAGCGUUGGUGAGGGUGUGGCAGACCUCAAACCUGGUGACCAUGCGCUUCCUGUCUUCACUGGGGAGUGCAAGGAGUGUCGGCAUUGCAAGUCAGAGGAGAGCAACAUGUGUGACCUCCUGAGGAUAAACACUGACCGAGGCGUGAUGAUCAAUGACGGCAAGUCCAGAUUUUCUAUUAAUGGACAACCAAUUUACCAUUUUGUUGGGACUUCUACCUUUAGUGAAUACACUGUGGUACAUGUUGGUAGUGUUGCCAAAAUUAAUCCAGCUGCUCCUCUGGACAAAGUUUGUGUUCUCAGCUGUGGAAUCUCAACAGGCCUUGGUGCUACCUUGAAUGUUGCAAAACCCAAAAAGGGAUCGACUGUAGCUGUUUUUGGACUUGGGGCUGUUGGACUAGCUGCUGCUGAAGGGGCUAGAAUUGCGGGUGCUUCAAGGAUUAUCGGUGUUGAUCUGAAUGCAAAGAGAUUUGAUGAAGCCAAGAAAUUUGGUGUCACCGAGUUUGUGAACCCAAAAGACCAUGACAAGCCUGUUCAUGAGGUGCUUGCUGAAAUGACCAAUGGUGGAGUUGAUCGAAGUAUCGAGUGCACUGGAAGUAUAAAUGCCAUGAUUUCUGCAUUUGAAUGUGUUCAUGAUGGAUGGGGUGUUGCUGUACUUGUUGGUGUCCCAAACAAAGAUGAUGCAUUUAAAACCCACCCAAUGAAUAUCUUGAAUGAGAGGACUAUCAAGGGUACCUUCUUUGGCAACUACAAACCGCGGUCUGACUUGCCUUCGGUGGUUGAAAAGUACAUGAAUAAGGAGCUUGAGCUAGAGAAGUUCAUCACCCAUGAAGUCUCUUUCUCAGAAAUCAACAAGGCCUUUGAGUACAUGCUUACAGGUGAAGGCCUUAGAUGCAUUAUCCGCAUGGAUGCAUAGAGCAGGAUUGAAAUGAUGAGUAUUUCUGAGUGUAAUUGAAGAAAAUAAACUUUUACUCACAAAUGAAAUUAGCUUCUGGUAGGAUAGUUUGGAGCGAAGUCUUGUUGUGUCUCUCUUUAGAGUGCUGUAAAAGAAUUGAAAUUUCUAUUUUCCAGAUCCUUUAAACCAAAAUACUUGGUGAGUUUAUAUUGAAAUUUUUGCAUGUUUUCUUGU